GGCUAUCAGCUGGAUACACAUAGAGAUUAGAGAUCGUGAGAGAAGAAGAGAACUUUGAUCUUUGUGAGAACAUGGCUGCUUCAGUGAUGCUUUCAUCAGUGACAUUGAAACCGGCGGAUUUCACGGUGGAGAAGAUGUCGGCGAGAGGAUUGCCCUCGCUCACAAGAGCUUCUCCUUCUUCCUUCAAAAUCGUCGCUAGUGGCGGCAAGAAGAUCAAGACAGACAAGCCCUUUGGAGUUAACGGCAGCAUGGACUUGAGGGACGGCGUCGACGCUUCCGGCAGAAAGGGCAAGGGAUACGGUGUGUACAAAUUUGUCGACAAGUAUGGUGCGAACGUUGAUGGAUACAGUCCUAUCUACAACGAGGACGAGUGGUCAGCGAGUGGUGACGUGUACAAGGGAGGAGUCACCGGUUUGGCGAUUUGGGCGGUGACACUCGCCGGUAUUCUUGCCGGAGGAGCUCUUCUUGUGUACAACACAAGUGCUUUGGCUCAGUAAAAUCUUGAAACUGUGUUUAACUCAUAUGUACUCGUGUUCCUCUAUUAUAUGUUUUAGUGUCGUUGUUCUGUUCUAUGUAAUGUUGUUAAGAAACUAAGAAGAUACUUUGAAUCUAUAAGAACAUGUUUAUAGACUGAAA